CAGCGGGCGUUUGUAUCGUCUCUCCGUUUGGGUCUCUCUGUUGUUUUUGUGAUUUAUUCACGUUUAUGUCAGUGUUUGGGUGCGGUUCAGAAGCGACGGAGAUUCUGCAGAACAGAAUAAUAUAAAUUAUCUCCAUAUAGAUCAGCUUUAUUAAUUCAGAUUCUACACAACUCUACAACAACGUGCAGAACAUGCUUUUGUUCUUUCUAUUCUUAUUGUUCGUGGAGGGUGUGUCUGGUGCAGAGACGGAUGAAUCCGUGAUGGAGGGAGAUUCUGUCACUCUGCACACUGAUAUUACUGAAAUACAAAACGAUGAUACGAUACUGUGGCUGUUUGGACCUAGAGACUCUGUCAUAUCUCAAAUAGCAAGAAAGGCAGAUUUUACUUCAUUUUUUGUCACUGAUGAUGCUGGAUUCAGAGGCAGAUUGCAGGUGGACCAAAAGACUGGAUCUCUGACUAUCAGAAACACCAGAAUCAGACACUCGGGACGAUAUAAACUAUCCGUCUCUAGAGAAAAGACUACGACGAAAAUAUUUAAUGUUACUGUCUUUGCGGUGGCUGGUGGGACGGAUGGAGUGAAGUCACAGUCAGUGAUGGAGGGAAAGUCUGUCACUCUACAGAAUAAUGUUGAAGUCCAGAGAGAUGAUCUAAUAGUGUGGAGGUUUGGAGAUGAAGGCAUCCUCCUGGCUAAAAUCGAUCUGGAAACUAAAGAGAUCUCAUUAAACGAUGCUGAUGAGAGAUUCAGAGGCAGACUGCAGCUGAAUCAGAAUGGCUCUCUGAUUAUCAAGAAGACCAAAACUGAACACACUGGACUUUAUGAGCUACAGAUCCGAGGCCGUGAAAGCGAUCAGCGUUUCCUUCUUACUGUCACUGCUGUUGCAGGUCCAGGUCUGUCUGCAGGUGUUUUAGCAGGGAUUGUUGUUGCUGCUCUGCUUGUGGCUGCAGUUCUGGUCUCUGUUGUGAUUUACUAUCGCUGCAAGAUCUCUAAACUAAAAAAACGAAUGAAUGAUGCUGAGGCAGUUGAAGAGACAAAAAUGUCAGUGGAGGAGGGAAAAUCUUUAACUCUACCCACUGGUAUUGAUGAACUACAUGAUGAUGAUGAGAUACAGUGGUAUUAUCAGGAAGAAAAGAAAGAGAAUCUCAUAGCUAUCAAAGGAAAGGACUUCCUGGGGGGUCCUGAUGGGAGAUUCAGAGGCAAACUGAAGUGGGGUAAGAAUGGAGAUCUCCUCAUCACAGACAUCAGAACCAUUCACUCUGGACUCUAUAUACUAAAGAUCAACGGCAAGAGAAGAUACAAAUGCAAGAAAAUCAAUGUUUCUGUGAAAGAUGUGUCAUCAGGCUGCUGCAAGCAGUCAUGUCUUCCACAAUCUUCGGCUCAUCAGAUGGAAUCUGUUACUGUAACACCGUUGUUGAAAGAACAUGAUGGAGAGAAUAAGCCGGAAGAAACAACUUAA